GCAAAUAAGGCUCGGCGUUUUGAGCUCGCGGAGAAUUAACAAUCGGCGCAAAGAAAAUCUAUAGAAACAAAAAUACAAUUUUUAUGUGCAAUAUGCAUUCAGACUGACAAUCAAAUUUCGAUACCAUUUCAGCAUGUUGGUCCGAGCCUUCCAGCGGCUGGCAGUUAUCAACAGUGCUCCUGGAAUACGAACAGCCGGGAGCUACUCGAAAUCCGGUAAGGUGCUCAACAAAAUCAUGUACGGUUCCGAACGUGCCGCCAAACGGAAAUGGUACGGAGAGAAAAACCGCGGCACGGGUCUUUCCGGCAGCACUGUUUCACUGAGCGUUUCCGGUGCUUCGGGAGGCGGAAAAUCCUCUAGCCGACGGAUGGCCGUCCUGAAUAAGCUGUUCAUGGAACAGAUAACCGACCUGAUGGCUACCGGGGAACAUUCUGAGGAACUGGUCGGCUACGGAAUUCAAAUUUCGCGGGUAAAAAUGAGCAGCGACUUCCACGGACUGAACGUGUUCUGGUUCUCGCGGGAUAGCGGUCGCGACAUGGACAUAGGACGUCUGCUGAAGCGAGUUUCGAACGGAUUGCGACAUGAGCUUUCACAGCUUCGGCUCAUGGGACAGGUUCCUAGGUUAAACUUUGUGAAGGACAAAGGGUACGGGUUGAUAACCGAUUUAGACGGAGCGUUAAAAAAGGCAGAUUUCGGGGAAGAUUUCGUCCCGACGGAUGCCACUUUAAACCUGAAAGCAGAAUAUAAGCUAGACUUAACCCUUCCUGAUUCGGUUAGGAAAGAAAUCGGACAACUGGAUAGAACCAGUGUUGACACUCCUCUAGUAGAUGACGAUGAUGACCCGUUACCGGUCAUGCGGCACGAUGUCCUAGGUUUGGACCACGCAGCAAUCAUGAACAAAAUUAACAAAUAUUUGAAUCGCAACAAACAGGCAUGGGCCCAGUACAAUAAGGAAGCCAGGGAAAGUGCUCGCCAAAAAGGAUCGAAAGAAGCUGGUACUGAUGCAGAACAAGCAAUCAAUGGUGGCAUCAAACAAAUACCGUACGAUUCUGAAGGGUGAAUGAUCAAACAUAGAAAAUACAAGCAUGUUCUAGUAGUUCCAAAAUUUUAGAGUUUAUGAAAAUUUAA